CGAGCGGGGUGCGACCUAAUUACUAGUAGACCUAUCGUGCCAUCAAACAACCCCAUCAAUUGCAAUCUUCUCACUACAUCACGCCAGGAAUCGUGGAGUUGAGGCUAGACACGAAGUUCCAAACCUCUAUAUAUUUAAGCUGCCAGUAACGCCAUACUGUGAGUUGUUUGCUCACUCUCCCAACACUCUACUUCCCAUCACAUUGAACAGGUUCAGUCUGCAGCGAUCAUUCUCCUCGACUUCCCCCCGCAACGAUCUCACGAGUUACUCUUUCGCACGCCAGACGACAACGGAGGUGGAGCUGACACUGCUCAUCGCAUACCGCAUACCGCAUACCGCAUAUUCACGAUGUCUACCAUGGGCGACUUGUUAGAUCACAUCCUAGCGAAGGAAGCACAGGAUCGAGAGACCUCAUCGAUCGAUCCAAAAGACGAGAACACUUUCACGAAAGAUCACCAAAACGACCAAGAUAACGGCCAUGAGAUCGGAAAUAAUGCUGAUGCUCGGUCGAACGGCGACGAACGAGAGAUUCUCACCCUCCGUGUGUCCGAAACCUCGCUAGACCGGCGAAAGGAAAAGAAGAUGUCGGCAGCUCGUCUCGAGCGAAAGGCCGGAUUCAAUGCUUGGCUCGAAAAAGAAAUUAGGAAGUUCGAAGAAAAGAGUCCCAAGAAGACAAUCGCCGACGAGGAUGAUCACAAGCUCUCUAUGGCCGCUUUAGCGAACAGAGGGGCUGCAGAGGUCAUUUCAACGCCGAGAGAGUAUCAGUUGGAGAUCUUCGAGCUAGCCAAGCAGAUGAACGUGCUGGCUGUUCUCGACACCGGUUCUGGAAAGACGUUGAUUGCCUGCCUACUCAUCCGUCACAUGAUCAGCGAGGAGCUGGAAAACCGCAAAGCCGGUGGACAUCGUCGCGCCAGUUUCUUCCUGGUGGACUCUGUCAAUCUGGUGUUUCAACAAUCUUCGGUCCUGGCCAACAAUCUCGAUGCCAAGGUUGGAAGGUACUACGGCGCCAAAUGCGACACCGAGAAGAUGUGGAAACUUGAGACCUGGUCCAAGAUUCUCGACGAUGAGCUAGUCAUCGUGAUGACUGCCGACGUGCUGAACGUCUGCCUCAGUCGCGGCUUCAUAUUGAUAAAGGACAUCAAUCUGAUCUGCUUUGACGAAGCCCACCAUGCAAAGAAGAAUCAUGCGUAUGCCAAAAUAAUGAGGGACUUUUACAGCCCCGAGCCAGCGAAAAACCGUCCUAAAAUCUUUGGGAUGACGGCAUCUCCAAUUGACACGAAUAGUAAGACCAAAGUUGAUCGGGCGGCAUCGGAGUUAGAGGAGCUCCUGUAUUGUCGUAUCUACACAUCGGAGCACAUCUCAUUCCUCAAGCGGAGCGAAUUUCGUCCCCAGGAGAGGGUGAUGAUCUAUGAAGGGGCUAGAAAACAGCCCUUUGAGACCGAUCUUUACCGACAGCUUCACGACAAAUUCGGAAACGUUUCCUGCUUGCAACGCGCCUUUGCCUUCGCAAAGCAGGCCAGUACCGAGCUUGGCCCUUGGUGUGCGGAUCGAUCCUGGUCGUUUGCACUGUCUGAGCGACAUUCUCAGAAGUUGGCGAGACAAGCCGAGCGAGAAUCUGAGGAGGCAGCUGGCACCCGCGAUCCAGCUGAGCGAUGGGAAAAACUAGAGCGAGACCUCCAAAUGAUCCGUGAAGCCCAGGAUUAUGUUGCUCUACACGAAUACGGACCUCCCAAGAUGCUGGAAGGAGACGUCAGCCCUAAGGUCUGGCUGCUCUGGAGACAACUCCAAAAGGCAUACAACGAAAACCCUGAGACAAAAUGCAUCAUCUUCAUCGAGAGACGUUUAGCAGCCAGAACUAUCUACGAAUGCCUCAAAGAUCAAGUUUCUGAGAACUUUCGUGCAGGAGUGCUCCUUGGUAGUCGGACUGGUGCUGAUAGUGACGGGACCUUCACGAUUCGGCAGCAGAUGGUCAAUGUGCAUCGCUUCAAGCUUGGCAUAUUGAACUGUUUGUUUGCGACAUCAGUUGCCGAGGAAGGACUCGACGUUCCGGAUUGCAACUUGGUGAUAAGAUUCGACAUAUACAACACCAUGAUCCAGUACGUGCAGUCUCGUGGACGAGCUCGUGACCGUAGCUCUCUGUAUCUCCACAUGAUCGAGAAAGGAAAUCUGGAGCAUAGCAACCUCAUUAGGGACGUCCUCACGUUCGAGAAGACGAUGAAGAGUUUCUGCAAGAGCCUUCCCCCAGAUCGAUUUCUAGACGAGAGCGAACCUGUCCCCGAAGGAAACACAGGCAACGAGCUCUACUAUAAUGAGGAAGAAACUGGAGCCAAAUUGACUCACAGUUUAGCCAUGCAGUUCAUCUCGACAUACGCCGCACAUUUGAAUACUGGGUACGGCGAAGCCAGCUCACCACCAAUAUAUGUCGUGCGGCCGGCUGGAUGUGGACAAUUUACUUGCCAAUUGAUUCUACCGGAAGGCUCCCCUAUUAGAGUGUAUGAGUGCAAGCCCCAAAGGACGAGAGCUCUCGCCAAGAGAGCAGCAGCCUUCGAGACAGUACUGCUUCUUCGGAAACAGAGAGCGAUCAAUGGGCACUUUCUGCCCCCCGUCCGCCGGAAGAUACUUCCCAAGUAUGCCAACGCUCGUCUUGCUGUCGACACAAAAAAGAGAAACACAUAUACUCUCCGUCGAAAGCCCGCUUUUUGGGACAUCAAGGAUGGAACAGCGCCAACAAAGCUCUGGAUCGCAAUAAUCACCGUUGAGGAGCCUCAUGAGAUGUUUCUAGGCGAUGCAAUGCAGCCACUUUGCAUCGGAACCCGAGAAAAACUACCCAAAAUGUCUCUUUUCGAUGUCUACGGUACCAGAGGCGGGAAUUCAAAGGUGAAGAUAACCCGACUUGAAGAACCGUUCGAGCUCACAAAUGCACAAGUGGAACUACUGACCACAUUCACCAAUCGGGUAUUCACGGAUGUAUUCAACAAACACUUUGAAAUGUCCUAUGAAACUCUUCGAUACUGGUUUGCGCCUGUGAUUGGCUACAAGUUUGAUGAAAAGCCGAGGGCGGCCGAUGUUCUAGAUUGGGAGCUGAUUGGACGGGUUGCUGCUGACCGGGAGUUAUUCCUUGACUUGACCGCUGAUAAUCUCCACCAUAUCCGAGACAGAUACUGGGUGGAUAAACUUGACAAAUCACGUCGAUUUUUUGCUCAUGAGGUUAUACCUGAGCUCAAUUCCCAGGAUGCAGUCCCAGAAUCGAUCACUGGCCACGAUUACUUCGACAGCAUCCAAGACUACAGCUACAAUGCUGGAAAGCGCAAGAAGUGGGGCGGUGUCAAGUGGGAUAUUCCUGAAAAGGAGCCGGUAUUUCGUGCAGAACGCCUUUUGCACCGCCUCAACUUCUUGGACCCUCCUACCGAGAAAGACAAGUCACUCGUGUACGAUGCAGUCAUUACUCCGUCCAACUUCAUGAUCUCAAUAUUACCCGCAAGCCUGGUUAGAUCCGCUGUCAUAUUUCCCGCUGUCAGCACGCGCAUCGACGCAUACCUCCACGCUUGGGAGCUGCUCAGGAGGCUUGAUGCGGAUAUGAAAUUGGGAUUGGACCAGCUGGAAUUAAAUCUGGCACUCGAAGCUAUCACCAAGGAUUCCGAGAACACAAACAUAAUUACUGUGGAGAAGCGUAGAGGCAUAGGUGCCAAUUACGAGCGUCUCGAAUUCCUCGGCGACUGCUAUCUUAAGCUCGCCACAUCAAUCAGUCUGUACUGCGAGUCCCAUUCGAACAACGAGUUUCAGCUCCACGUUCAGCGCAUGAUCCUCAUUUGCAACCAGAAUCUCUUCCAGAAAGCGAUGUUGAUUGGCAUUCCAGAUUUCAUUCAGACUCUAGGUUUCUCAAGGCGUACUUGGUACCCUCACAUGAGGCUGCUCCACGGAAAGAAGUCUGGACUCGACGCAGUGGGCUCACGUAUUGUGAGUCUCGGAGACAAGUCGGUUGCUGAUGUUUGCGAGGCUCUGAUCGGAGCUGCGCUUAUCGGCCUUGGCCACGAUGGCGCAACGAAGAUGGUCACCUCGCUGCUGAGAACCGAGCAUCACAACCAGCAGUCUUUCGAUCAAUACUACCAGCAAUAUAAGAUUCCUGACUAUCAAUUGGCCAAACCCACGGCUAUUCAAACGAAGCUUGCCGAUGACAUUGCGGAGCAAUUCGGCUACCGCUUCGAUUCGCCAAAGCUUCUAAUGUCGGCAUUCACUCACCCCUCCAAUCCGUUUACCUUCGAGAGGGUGCCUUCGUACCAGAGGCUUGAAUUCUUAGGCGAUGCGCUUCUCGACCUGGCGUGUGUGGACCACAUUUUCUUGGCCCAUCCGGAGGCCAAUCCCCAGUGGCUCACGGAGCACAAGAUGGCAAUGGUCUCGAAUCGUUUUCUAGGAGCCAUCUGUGUCCUGCUCGGUUUUCACAAGAGGAUCCGGAAGAUGAGUGGCUCGCUGGAUGGUGCAAUCGAUAAAUAUGCCAGCACUCUGCUCGAAGCAAAAGAACGAUCUACAAAACUGAAUUUCUGGAUGGAUAAUGGAAUCGAGGACCCGCCCAAGAUUCUUCCUGAUGUUCUCGAAGCCUUCAUCGGCGCUCUGUUCGUCGACUCCAAGUUCGACUAUUCCCUGGUCCAAGACUUUUUCAACAAUCACAUCCGCUACUUCUUCACGGACAUGAGCAUGUACGAUAAUUUCGCAGGCCAGCAUCCGACCACUUUCCUAACCAAAAAACUUGAGGUCCUCGGUUGCCAAAAAUGGGGUUGGGACUCAGACCAAGUUAAGACUGCCGAGUAUGUGACCAACUUUGCAGCGGUUGUCGUUCACGGAAAGGUCUUUGCAGGGGCAAAUGCCGAUUCAAUCAAAGCUGCGCGUGUUGCCGCGGCGGAGAUUGCAUUGAAGAAGUUGGCGGGUUUGGGGGAGGUGGAGAUCGCGGCGUUGUGCUCGUGUAAGGAGGAGGAACCAACGGUGGAGGAUGUGGAGGAAAAGCUUACAGAUGAGGAGGAUGGUGAGCAAGAGGAGGAGGAGGAGGGGGAGAGUGGUUUGUAGAGGAGAGGCUGGAAAUGAUGGUGGUCCCGGCUGGUAACGCGAGUGCGCUUUUUCUUUUUCUUCUUUUUCUUUUUUUCUCUCCAUUCCGCUCUACAUAUCAUUCCCUUUCCCUCUUUUCUACUUGUCUUGUACCAGUACAUACCAACUUGAGUGUGUCUCUUAUAAUGCCUUUAUGCAAUCGUUUAUGUUUUCUGUUAUAGCAUGCAUCCGGUUAGGUUAGGGAAAUGGAGUGAUUCCUUUAGAAUAUUCUUAAGCAGAGAGAAGAUUGUUAGAUUUCUA